AUGAGUAAUUCUUCUUCAUCUUCAUCAAAUGUUGGAGGUGCAAGUGGUGGACUGUCGAACAACAACAACAACAACAAUCAAAUGUCUUAUGAUCAAGUCAAACAAAAUGGAGGAUUGAGUGGACCGUCGAGCGCGACCACUAGUCCUACCGGGGGUCUGUCUACCAUCCCACACUCGGUGAGCAACACGUCGUUGGCAACGACAGGCGGCGAGAUCAAGAUCAAGGAAAAGGAUGUCAGCAAGGCCAAGAAGAAGCUAGCAACGUUUUUAGACACACAAGUCGAGCCUGUCAAACGGUUCAAAGGCUUGGUUUCGUUUAUAUCGCACUCGGAUGACGCCGACAUUGACAAGGUGUUCAAGGACAACAGCUACCAGAUCUACCAGAUCCUGCUGACAACAUUCUCAACGUACGAACUGGGCACCUUCAAGCAAGGCAAGCAUCACUAUGCUGAAAAGGAGAUUCACAAGUUGAUGGAGCUACUCAAACGCAUCUUGAUGCACUUGGAGGGCUUUGUUAGAAAGGGGUGGCAGGUAAAGAGUAUCCUAAACAUCCUUGAAAAGAUGUUGGGUAUUGAGAAUAUCUCUUCGAUCCGACAAUCGGCCUUUUUGGUGUUGCUGCGGUUCCUCGAAGUCAUGGAGAAACCCGAUCGCUACAAAGUCGACCUUUUUGCCUCGAUCAUUGACUACACCCCUUUCACCCCAGACUAUACCUACAAGAUUCACUUUGCACGCAAGGUAUUCUCGGGUAACGACGCUCGUCGAUUCAUCGUCAUACAAGCAACCGAUCCACCCACUCGCGAAGACUCUUGUCGUCUCUUUGAAAACAUAUUUAUCUAUAUGAAUAGCCAUAUGCACCUGUUUGGCUUUUGGUUCGAGUUGCUAAAGUCACAAUACUUUACCGUGCUCUACCCAAGUAUCUGUAAAAAGAUUGGUGUCUUGCCGGCCACCGACAACACUGGGUUUGGCACACACUGUCCACACGAACUCCAAGUCAUCAUCAUCAACUAUCUCUCGCAAUGGAUGUUGACCCUCACCUCUAAAGAAUACCUUUUAAACAAUGUACCAGAACAACCUGCCAUCACUGCUUCAUCAGCUCUAACUUCACCACAACAAGGUUCUUCCAAUGGUGGUGGUGGAUCAUCUUUUCUUUCAAAUAGUAAUAAUAGUAAUAAUAGUAAUAAUAGUAAUAGUAACAAUAAUAUAUCAUCAUCUCCAAAUAAUAAUAAUAAUAUUAAUCAACAAUUAUCAUCUUUAGCGGCAUCACCUCAACCAAACAUCCAAACAAAUUCACAACAACUACUAACAACUUCGACACCAGGCAACGGUAGAAUAGCAAUCAUUUUGGAAAUAUUUAAACAAAGUUGUAAAUUACCUUUAAAAUAUUCAGAAGUUAUCAAAAAAUCAAUUUCAACUUUUCAUUCUUUAUUUUUAAUGAAUGCAGAUUUAGAAAAUAUAUUUGGAGAUGAAUUUUAUACAUAUCAAACAUUUAUUUUACAAGAGAUGAUUAGCGUAUUUGAAUUAGAGGCAACAAAUUAUGAAAAGGAAAGAGAGUCGAUUGGCAUGUUUGUCAUUGGAGUAUUUAAACAAAUGAUUGAAAACUAUCAACAAAUGAGACCAAGAUCAAAGGAAAUUUUAUUGACUGCAAUGUUACAAGCUACCACCAUUCUCUUGCGGAAAGCCAAUCCAAACAAAUCUGUAUCAUCCACUUUGGAACAAGCAAUGGUUUCAACAACUCUUUUUGCUUGGAUAAAAUCAAAAGAAACUUCAAAAUCAAUGUGGGGUCAAUUACAUUAUCAUUUCGAAGAUUUAUUCUUUAGAGUUGAAGUUGUAAAACAAGUAAAAUCAAAAUUAAUACAAAUGUCAUUAAUAUUAAAGGAUAUUAGAAAAGAUAUAAAGUCUGCUGAAAAAGGUGGAGAACCAAAAUCACCAGAUACUCAACCAAAUACUCCUGAAAUUUCAAUUGAUCAAUCAUUACAAUCAGUACAAUGGGAUUCAGAAAGUUGUUUAACAACUUGGCAUUUUAUGUUGGAUAUGCUGAGAAAUUGUAAUCGUAUUAAAGAUUCAAAUAUUCAUGAAUUGGCAGUUGGUAUAUUGGUAGAUAUUGUAGAUAUCUAUCUAAAGGCAGAACAAGAGAUGGAAUUUGCAACUACACUCAAAGAAUCAACACCUCAACCACUACCAUUGAUUAAUAUUUUUGGAUCAAGACUAUUUGAUGCAUUGGCAUUGGAGGGUAAAUUUAUAAAGGGCAAAGUGUUGGCUCUCGAGUGUCUAUGUAGAUUGUUUUGUCGUCAUCAUCCUCAAUACCCACUUCCCAUCCUCACACACUUUUAUAACCAUAUCUCACAAACUUUGGAUUCACCAUCUGUCAAUGGAGUCGAUCUAUCUUGGCCAGUCAUUUUAUAUAGUAGCAAUAUUUUCAAUCUUUCAAUGCCAGGUGCAAAUGUAUUAAUACCAACUUAUCUCUUUAAAAUUAAAUCAAAUUUGAUGGCAUUAAAAAAUCCAAAUGAAAUUUGUCCACCUGCAGAAGUUAGAAAGAAAUGUUUAAUAAUAUUGGGAUCAUUAAUAUUUUAUCCAAAUCAAUUCCCAUCUUUGAUUAUUCAAACCAAUGGUGGUGGCAAUGCUGCAUCUUCACGUAAAUCACCCAAUACAAAGGAUCAGUUGACAAUGUCAGAGUUAAAGAAAGAGAUUCUCGAUCUUUUAGUGUCGACUUUGAAAUCUGAAAAGGUUGUAGAAAACAAGUUGAUUUGUUUGUGGGCACUGUUGGUACAGGCUAUGGAAGAGUUUAGCGCAACCACUAUUGGACUUGGAAAUGUAGAGUUGGCAGGCGAGGCUGUUGAAGCCAUCAUUUCACACACUCUCAACUCGGAUUUGUCAGUGUCGCGUACUUCGUUGGAUGCAGUGUCGUCACUUGCACUUUCCUUCCCCAACAUGUCUCGUGUCACUGCCAAUCAUAUCAUGUCGUCACUCUGUUUGUCCAUUCUCAAGGGUAUCACCGAGAUGGAGUUUGGCAACACUAGUGUCAGCGAACAGACCAUUUCAAACCACUUUCACUGUCUAUUAGAGUGGAUCUCGAUUGACAACUCUGUGUUUGAUGAUGAGAGUUUCCGUGAGUUCCGCUCAUUGCUGUUCCAAGCCAUCGAGUGUGCACUCGGUCAAAAGGGAGAGUUGUGGUCCCCAACCUGUCCCCUCACAACCAGUACCAGUGGAAGUGGCGCUUCAAACACUGGAAAUGUGUCGUUGACUGGGUCACCCGCUGCAUUGUCGUCGGCGUCUAGUCCGGUCGCUAGCAGCAGUCCGUCGUCGACGACCGAUGACUUUAAAGAGCACCUCAAGAAUAUUGGCAAGGUAGCUACGUUGACCAAAAAGACGGCCAGCGCAGCAUCCUCUUCUGGCGGAUCAUCACUCAACGUCUCCAACAAGAAAAAGGACAGUAGUGGUGGUGUUGGUAGUGGUGAGCAAGAUGACGACCCACACUCGCUACACACCAAGCCAUCGACAAUCAAGGAUUCUGCCGAGACACUACUCUACCACUGUCUCAACUAUGUACAUAACUUCCCAUCCAAAGAGGGUUCUGAGAUUAUUACAUCAAUGGUCGAUGAGAGUGACGAUAUUGACUUGAAUGGACAAUCACUCUCCUCGUCAUCACCCCUCCUCGAAGAAGAGUCUACCGCACUUCCCCUCUACACUGUAUUAAAUGAAAAUGCCAUCCUCUCGAUCGUCGAGGUUCCCAAACCCAACGGACAAGGCAAUUAUGCCCGUCUCUUUAUCCGUGACGCCACUGGAAAGUAUGUCUGGAACUUUGACCAUUCAACCAUCGAUCAACAACUCCUCUCCCAAAUACCCGCUCUCGAUCUCAUCAAGCUUUACAAUGACAACAAUGGUACUUUCUCCUCUGUCUUGAUCGACAAUGUAAAUUAUAAAUUUGAAAAUAAUAUAUCUUCAAAUUUACCAAUUAAAAAUUUAGAAAAUGAUGAUAAAUUAAAAGGAAUGUUGGAUAAAUUAUCAUUAAUACCAGAAUGUUUAGUAAAUGGAAGUGAAAAUUUAAAUGAUCCAUUAUUAAAUUUGAAACCAAAUCUUGUUCAGGAAUUCAGUCGUAUAGAGUCAGAGAUGGCAUUGUUUAUCGAACAGGAAAAGAGUGCGUCGGUUGACAGGUACAAUAAACCACCCCAAGGACCAUCUUGGGCAAUGACCAAACCUGCUCCUUUACCCAGUGUGGUGGCUCAGAGCAGUCGUUUGCUAUUGUCCUACAUGAAUCUACUCAACAUGAACAUGUUUGUGCCAACCAUUCAACAACCAACGACCAGUCUCAAACAACUAGACAACAACCAAAAACUACACCGUGCCUUGCAACAGUUGGACAUUACACCGGUUAGAGAGAUCCUAAAGAUUGGGUUGAUCUAUGUGCGUGAAGGACAAGAUGAGCAACGUGAGAUUCUCCAAAACGAUCCAACUACCAUUACACCAUUGUAUCAGCAGUUUGCCGACGGUCUUGGAUGGCCAGUCGACUUGCAGACGCAUCGUGGGUACAUGGGUGGUUUAGAUCGAAAAAAGUCGACCGGUACACAUGCACCAUACUAUGCCACGCCAACUGUUGAAACCAUCUUCCACAACACGGCUGCCAUGCCAACUAAUCUCUCUGAUCCCCAACAAAUUCACAAGAAGCGUCACGUCGGAAACGAUAUUGUCAACAUUAUCUGGAGUGAGCACGUUCGUGACUACUCACCGACCACCAUCACCUCGCAAUUCAACGAUGCCCACAUUGUCGUCUAUCCACUGGCCAACGGUCUCUUCCGUGUGUCCAUCUACCGAAAGGAAAACAAGGUACCCCUCUUUGGUCCACUCAUCCACGGUAUGGCCGUCUCCAAGAGACUCUUGUCACAACUUGUCCGUCAAACUUCCAUCAAUGCCUACCGUUAUGUUCGAAAUGCAACUCCAAACUACUCCAAACCAUAUGUACUAAGAAAAUCACGUAUCAAAGAAAUUGUUGCUCGUUAUCAAUCUGAUCGUUCCUAUGUUGAUUAUGUUCAUCUAAUUUCUUCUGGUUAUAAUCAAAAUAAUCAAAAUAAUCAAAAUAAUCAAAAUAAUACAACAACAACAACAAUAUAA